GCCCGGCCCCCCGCUGCGUCCCCGCCGCCACCGCCGCGUCCCCGGGCCGAACCGGGCCGCUGAGUACCGCAGGUGGGGAGCGGCGGUGAUAGCACCGGGGGAGCGACCUCGAGGUGCGGAAGGGGAAGGCUUGAAAAAUGGCACCAAAUGCUCCAAGAGAAGCAGGAGUGUGGAGGCAAACCAAAGCGCUCCUGUUCAAGAACUGCCUGGUGAAAUGCAGGACCAAGAAAAGCAGCGUCCAGGAGGUCCUUUUCCCUCUCUUCUUCUUGUUCUGGCUGAUCCUGAUGAGCAUGAUGCACCCACACCGGUGGUACGAUGAGGUCCCCAACUCCAACCUGGGCGUGCUGGACCCCUCUGUGCUGGUGAACUUGGUGGUUGGGUACACGCCGCCCACCAGGAUGGCCAGGGAGAUCAUGAGGAAGGUGGCUUACGAUAACUUCGAAGACGCAGGCCUCAUCACAGAGGAGUAUUUAAGUGAAGAGGACCUGGAAAAGGCCAGUGCUUCCAAAUCCUCCAACUUUGUGGGCGUUGUGUUCAAGGAUGCCAUGUCCUACCAGCUGAGGUUUCCUGACAUGGUGGCUAUGGCUUCUGUCUAUACAGAGUCAAGAGCCAGCUGCUCCAGCAUGCGGAUGAGUUGUGAGUCCAUCACAUACUGGACCUCAGGAUUUGCGGCUCUGCAAGCAUGCAUAGAUGCAGCCAUUAUACAGCUGAAGACCAACCAGUCCGUGUGGGAGCAGCUGGAGCUGACGAGGGCCAUGGCGAUGGAGGAGGCGGCCGUGAUGGAGAUCGACAAUUUUCCUCGUGCCAUCAUUUUGAUUUACCUCGUCAUUGCUUUCUCACCGUUUGGGUAUUAUUUGGCCAUUCAUAUUGUGGCAGAAAAGGAGAGGAAGCUGAAAGAGUUCUUAAAGAUAUUGGGACUUCAUGAUACUGCCUUUUGGCUUUCCUGGGUGCUGCUGUACACCAGCCUGAUCUUCGUCAUGUCCAUCCUGAUGGCUGUGAUCGCCACGGCCUCCUCUCUCUUUCCCCAGAGCAGUGCCUUCGUGAUAUUCCUCCUUUUCUUCCUGUAUGGCAUCUCCUCCGUAUUCUUUGCCCUGAUGCUGACGCCCCUCUUUAAGAAGUCAAAGCACGUGGGUAUCGUUGAGUUCCUGGCCACGCUGGCUUUUGGGUUUGUGGGGCUGAACAUCGUCCUGCUGGAAGACUUCCCCAAAUCCUUCGUGUGGCUCUUCAGCCCUUUGUGCCAAUGCAGUUUCCUGAUUGGCAUCGCGCAGGUGAUGCAUUUAGAAGAUUAUGAAGACGGAGCAACGUUUUCCAAUCUAAAUCACGGUCCUUACCCACUCUUUAUCUCCUUAAUUCUACUGGUGCUGGACAGCAUAUUUUACCUGCUGGCAGCUGUCUACCUCGAUCAGGUUAUUCCAGGGGAGUUCGGACUGCGCCGCUCAUCGUUUUUCUUUAUGAAGCCCUCAUUUUGGUCAAAGCGCAGGAAGAAUUACGAGGAGUUGUAUGAGAGCAGCAUCAAUGGCAACCUCAGCUGCAGUGAGAUGGUCGAGCCCGUGCCAUCCGAGUUCCAGGGGAAGGAAGCCAUCAGAAUCAGCUGUGUUCAGAAAACAUUCAGGAAAAAAGGGGAAACUGUGGAGGCUCUCAGAAACCUGUCCUUUGACAUCUAUGAGGGGCAGAUCACAGCUCUGCUGGGGCACAGCGGCACCGGGAAGACAACACUGAUGAACAUCCUCUGUGGGCUGUGUCCCCCGACAGACGGGUUUGUCUCUGUCUAUGGGCACAGAGUCUCCGAAAUCGACGAGAUGCUCGAAGUGCGGCGCAUCGCAGGCGUGUGCCCACAGUCCGACAUCCACUUCGAUAUAUUGACGGUGGAGGAGAACCUCUCCCUCUUCGCUGCCAUUAAAGGAAUACCUCAGAAUGACUUGAUACAGGAGGUGCAGAAGGUGUUGCUGGAUUUGGAUAUGCAGCCCAUCCGAGAUAACCAAGCCAAGAAGCUCAGCGGGGGACAGAAGCGACGGCUGUCAGUUGGCAUUGCUGUUCUUGGGAACCCAAAGGUUUUGCUGCUGGAUGAGCCGACAGCAGGCAUGGAUCCAUGCUCACGGCACAUUGUCUGGAACCUGCUGAAGAACAGGAAGGCGAAUUGCGUGACGGUCUUCAGCACUCACUUCAUGGACGAGGCAGACAUCCUUGCUGAUCGUAAAGCUGUGAUUUCUCAAGGGAUGCUGAAAUGCCUUGGAUCUUCUCUCUUUCUGAAAAGCAAAUGGGGAAUUGGCUACCGCUUGAGCAUGCACAUUGAUGCCUACUGCAACACGGAAGCCACGACCUCGCUGAUCAGGCAGCACAUCCCCGCAGCCAGCCUGAUCCAGGAGAACACCCAGCAGCUCGUCUACACACUGCCACUCCGGGACAUGGACAAGUUUGCAGGCUUGUUCUCCGACCUCGACACCCAUUCCCAUCUGGGUGUGAUUUCUUAUGGCGUUUCCAUGACGACGCUGGAGGAUGUCUACCUGAAGCUGGAAGUUGAGGCAGAGAUUGACCAAGCAGAUUACAGUGUGUUCAGCUCCCAGCAGGCACAGGAGGAGACGGACAUGAGCUCGCAGGAUGACAUGGAGCAGAGCCUGCUGAUGCUGCCAGAGGCCAGGUCAGCCCCACAGAGCAACACAGCCCUGUGGAAGAAGCAGGUUUCCACCAUAGCCAAGCUGCACUUCCUCAGCCUCAAGCGUGAGAGCAAAUGUGUCAGAGUGAUGCUGUUGCUUUUCCUGAUCUUUCUCAUCGUUCAAAUUCUGUUUUUCCUCACACACCACUACAUCAAACAUUCACUUGCUCCACUCAGGCUCUCCCCAGAGCUGUACCUGCUGAGGCCCGGGGAGGAGCACCACAAGUACAGGAGCCGGCUGCUGCUGCAGAACUCCACAGACUCGGAUAUCGAUGACGUCGUCCGCUCUCUUGGCAGCAUGAACGUGCUGGUGGAGAUGUUCAAUGGCAGCGAUUACAUUUCGGCUGCACCUCACAGCGCGGGAUUGAAUGUGUACGACCUCGAAUCCCAGCAGAACUACGUUUUUACAAUCGUCUUCAACAGUACCAUGGUGCACUCCUUGCCAGUUUUGAUGAACAUCAUUAGCAACCUCCUUCUACGUGCUCUAAACGUCACCGAGAGCAUCCAGGUCUGGAGCCACCCCUUUGUCCAGGAUCUUCCAGACACCGUUUUCAAACUAGAGAUCUAUUUCGAAGCCGUGCUGCUGGGAAUCAUUGUGACUGGCAUGCCGCCCUACUUUGCCAUGGAGAAUGCAGAAAACCGUAAGCUCAGGGCGUACACACAGCUGCAGAUAGCGGGGCUCUACCCGUCGGCGUACUGGGCUGGCCAGGCCCUCGUGGACCUCCCGCUGUUCUUCUCCAUCCUCGUCCUGAUGCUGGGCAGCCUGUUUGCCUUCCACUAUGGCAUUUAUUUCUAUGCUGGCAAGUUCAUGGCCGUGCUUUUCUGCCUCAUUGGCUAUGUUCCAUCAGUGGUGCUGUUCACCUAUGUGGUCUCCUUCACAUUUAAGAAAGUCCAAAACACGAAAGAGUUUUGGUCAUUUAUAUACUCAGUGACAGCUUUGCUGUGUAUGGUUGUCACCGAAGUGGCCUUUUUCCUGGACUUUGACACGGUGACCACCGCCCUGCAUUGUGUCUUCUGCACCUUCGUUCCCAUCUAUCCCCUCAUUGGCUGUCUGAUCUGUUUCAUUAAGGUCUCAUGGACAGGCAAACAGAAGAGAGGGGAAUACUAUGACCCAUGGGAUAGGCUCCUGGUAGCAGUUAUAGCUCCCUAUUUACAGUGCAUCGUGUGGCUCUUCCUGCUGCGGUGCUUCGAGUUGAAGAGCGGAGGGAGAACCAUCAGAGAGGACCCAUUCUUCAGGAAAUGCUCUAAAAGAGCAAAGUCCUGGAAGCUGCCAGAUGCUCCAUGCAAUGAAGACGAGGACGUGCGGGCAGAGAGGCUGAGGGUGAAGGAAGCGUUGAGCAACCCCAACAGCGAGGAGGUGCCGGCGAUCCUGGUCAGCAGCCUGCACAAAGAGUAUGAUGAGAGGAGGGAGUUCCUUUUGGGGAGGAGAAUAAAGAAAGUGGCCACGAAACACGUCUCACUCUGCAUCAGGAAAGGAGAAAUCCUGGGGUUGUUGGGACCCAAUGGAGCUGGGAAAAGCACACUGAUUAAUAUGCUUGUUGGAGAAGUUGAGCCAACCAGUGGGCAGGUCCUGAUGGGAGGUUGCUCUCCUGGAGGGAACAGCGAAGAGGACUCCAUUCAAUUUGUGGGGUACUGUCCUCAAACCAACCCUCUCUGGCCAGAUAUCACCCUGCAGGAGCACUUUGAAAUUUAUGGUGCUAUCAAAGGAAUGAGUCAGGCUGACGUUAAGCAAGCGAUAAAAUGCAUCUCAAGUGCCCUGGAUUUUAAAGACCACCUGCAGAAGACGACAAAGAAGUUGGGCGUGGGGCUGAAGCGCAAGCUCUGCUUCGCCUUGAGCAUGCUGGGCAGCCCCCGCGUCACGCUGCUGGAUGAGCCCUCCACCGGCAUGGACCCCAAGGCCAAGCAGCGCAUGUGGAGGGCAAUCCGAGCAGCCUUCAAAAACAAGGAGCGGGCGGCCAUCCUGACCACACACUACAUGGAGGAGGCGGAUGCGGUGUGCGACCGCGUGGCCAUCCUGGUGGCCGGGCAGCUCAGGUGUAUAGGCACCGUUCAACACCUGAAGAGUAAAUUCGGCAGAGGGUACUUCUUGGAAAUGAAAUUGAAGGACACAGCAGAUGUACAGCAGGUGGAGUACCUGCAGAGGCAGGUCCUGCACAUCUUCCCAAACGCAAACCGUCAGGAAAGCUUUGCUUCUAUCUUGGCAUAUAAAAUCCCUAGAGAAGACGUACAGUCGCUUUCACAUUGUUUUUCCAAGCUGGAGGAAGUGAAAUACGCCUUUAACAUUGAGGAGUACAGCUUUUCUCAGGCAACUCUGGAACAGGUCUUUGUGGAGCUGGCCAAGGAGCAGGAGGAGGAGGAGGGCAGCUUUGGCACACUGAACAGCACGCUGUGGUGGGACCGGACACAGGAGGACCGGGUGGUGUUCUGAACGGUGAUCCCAGCACUGCUGUGCUGGGGGAGCUGCGUGGGAACUUCAAUGCUGGGACAGAGCAGGAAGAGGAUGGCAUUCAGAAACGCUGAGCACUGAUAUGUGAGGUGUGCUGCAACUGUGGAGCAGGCAGUGAGGCUCCCCAGGCUGCUGGGAAAUUCCUGCUCUGCCAGUUGAUUCCCGGUUUGCAUGGAGGGAGGAGAUGCUACUGGGAUGGCCUCUGGUCCCCUGGGGCUGGUGGUUUAGCACAGCAGGUCAGGCUGGCCUUGUGGAACCCUUCAUCAGGGAAGCACCAUCCCCAGAGCAUCCUUUCCUGCUGCACCAUGCUCCUGCUGCUGAUCCAUCCCCGCCCCCUGCUUGGAAGGCACAAAUGCCUUGAAGAUUGGGGCAUAAAUCACUCCAGUGUAGUCAAAUUCACUGCAAACGGGUUCUUGAAGUGCACUGCAGGCCCGGCUUAUUGUCCAACCAACCUGGAGCUGCUCGUUUGCAGAUAGGACACAGCACUCAUCAACUCUUGUGUUCCUUCCGACUGCAAACUGGCAGAUUUGACUGCUGCGUGCUGCUGGUCCUGGCAGCACCAGUGAGUGUAAUGCAUGCGCUGUAGGGUUCAGUAAGUCUGCAGAAGUGGAUGCUUUUUCCCCCAGCUUGGUAAAAGUACAAAGGCAUAGUUGUGUAGUUAUGGGAUUUGCAGAAAUGUUAUUUCUUAUCUUUGUUCAAAGCAGUCUAAUUCCUUUUUUUGGGGUGUGAUGGCGUGUACCCAGCCAGCUGUUCCUGGACAUGUGUUCCUCCUUGGCAGUGGUUAAGCACAUGCAGUACUGUUGCCUCAUCUGUCUUUGUGGUCGCAGUGGGUAACACAGCAGUGUGCUCAGCACGCUGUGCUUCCUCCUGGUGCAGCAGCUUUGCAGUCACCCUAAUAAACCCAAAAAAUAAGAUCCCAAUUCACGACUUCACAAGUAAGAAUAGUGCCUUUAUUUUGCAUCAAAGCACUACAAAGAGAAUUACAUUAUCCUUUAUCCUAAGAUGCAGCAAAUAUAUGUUUAAAAUAUAUUAUUUUCUACACAAAGCUAUCAUCACUUUUUUAGUUUUGUACGUGUAAUUGAAGAUUAGCAGUUCAUUGUGUUCUGCAAUGAGCAAACACAGUGAUGCAUUUUUAUCAAAGCGUUGUCUUCAUAACUCAUAUCACUUGUGUAUCUUCACUUUAAAGUUAGAAAACACCUUUUGUUUGGCUUGAGAGUACUCAGAAAGGUAAGGAUUCAGGCAGAUCAUUGCAUCCCAGCUGUUGUAUGAAGUCUGUCACAGUGGUUUAUUGUCACACCGAGAGCCCAGAUCUGUUUUCCUUUGUCCCCAUGGAAACGUUUCUAACCAACGUGGGGAGUUGUGAACUCUGUGUACCACUUUUGCUUCCUCCUUUGUACCCAUAGACUGCAUAUAAGAGGGUAGAGUUUGCCUUGUGGUUGGGUCCCUGCAAGUGUUCCUACAGCUGCAGUGCAGGUGGGUUCACAUUUGUGUCUCACAGUCCUUUGCCGUUCAUGUAUGUCCAAGAUAAGUGUCCCCAAACCCACAUUUCCACCAUCUCUUUGUACGUGGUGUUUGCCAAGUGUCCUCCACACAUCUAUCCUGCAGCCUAGCACACACUUCUUUCACGUAACAAAGGUGCAGUUCUGAGCUGUUAGCCUCGAUGGCUUUGUUCCUUUUAUUCUCUUUCACUUAGAGAUAAUAGACUGUAAAAUAGUUCUAUACAAUAAUACUUCUGUCUGGGUAACAUCACCUUAUUUCAAAUAGUUCCACGUUGUCUGACCUCUAAAGUAGACCCUACACAAACUUUGUUAGCAUCUAGGUUUCCUCAGCUUGGUGCUCCUCAUGUUUACUUUGGUGUAACUUCGUUGGUGGUAGCACCGUGUUUGUGCAGAUCCACCUCCAAAGAGUCAGGCUCAUUGAGUUAGCAUUGGGGGAUCUUCUUGGUGGUGCUUUGUUGGUGCAGCUCCAUGUGUCGGAAUUGGGCUCAUUGAGUUACCUGCAUGUUUGGGUGGGAUCUUCAUGGUGGUGGUGGUGUGUUUCAACGUGGCAUAUAUUGUCAUCCCCAAACGUCUCUGGAAUCGUGGUGUACUGUUGUCAGAAGUCUUCCAACAUGUCAUACGGUGUCUGUAAUUGCCAGAACAAGGAAAAAUAUGCAAAACUAAACCAUAGAAUAGAACUAGAAUUACACUGUAGGCUAGAACCUUACUCCUGCAUAUGCAAAGCCUUUUGUUGAGCUGCUACUGGUGACACUCCAAAUCCCUGCCCUGCUGUCCGUGCUCAGUUGGUGCUAUGGGAGGUGGAACAGCUGGGGUCACCAUGGGUCUUUGGGCAAAUCAGUCGUGCCACUUUCUCAGACAUAAUGGUCAUCAGCUUCUUUGCAGGGUUGUUGUGAUAAUAACUAGCUCCAAAACUUUGGAGAUGCCUUUACUUUGGGUGUUGUUAUAAGAAUGUAUUUUUACACGGAGGGAUUUAAUGCGUACCAAAAAAAGUCCUUGUUAAAAGAUACCUGUGCACUGAGUGAAGUCUAUAACGUAGCCAGUGUUCAGCAUUCUGGCAGCAGAAAACAGAAGGUAACAGCUCUGCACGUGACGUGUCUGUAAUGCUCCUGAUGUUGGAGUCAGGCAUUUGAUUCAUUUGUGGGUUAUUUCAUACUUUCUUUUUUUUUUUUUCUCUUUUUAACCAUUAUGAUUCUGUUUGUAAAGCUGAGGGUUUCCCUUUUCCAGCAGAAAGUACUACCAAAAUAAAGAUGGAUUGGAUUGUUAA